AUGCCGUUGGUCGAGAUCGUUGGUGUCACUCCAACAAACAGGACCUUUAGCAUAUCAUAUGCGUUUAUCAUAAGCGAACAAGAGCAUAAUUAUAGAUGGGUGUUGGAGUGUUUGAAGUCGACGUUAGGUGAAGGGUUUGCUGUGCGCGUGGUACUCACGGACAGGGAUCUGGCGCUAAUGAAAGCAUGCAAAACCGUUAUGCCUGAAGCAUACCAUUUACUGUGUAGAGUGCACAUAUGGAGGAACAUAGACAAAUUUAGCAUGCCAUCAUUAAAAGGGGAAGGGAAAUUGGGGCAUUUUUACGGAUGGUGGAAAAAACUUUACGAGUCCCGCACACUAGAAGAGUACACCAACAACGAAAAAGAUUUAAAAGAGAAGAUGGGUCCCCGUUUAGACAAGGUUUACAAGUACCUGCAGAAGGAGUGGCUUUUCCCGUACAAGGAAAAGUUUGUGUCCUUUUGGGUCGAUCGGCACCUCAACUACCGUAACUACACUACUAACAGAGUUGAGGCUGAGCAUUCACUCCUCAAGUCCGAGUUGCAGGGGAGAUGUACAUUUCAAAGAAUAAUUCAAUGUGUUAAUGAUAUCCUCCUCGGACAAGAUACAGAAAUCAAGGGCCAACUGGAGGAAAGCAGGAUUUAUAGAGCUGGUAAACACAACUACCCAUGUUUGAAAGACCUGCUUUGUGUUGUAUCUGUGACAGCUCUUGAUAUAAUGGUCGAUGAAAUUAAACGAUUAAAAAAUGAGAUCGGAAAAGACUUGAGAAAGUGCGGGUGUAAGGUGUGGAUUAGUUGUGGCCUUCCAUGUGCCUGCCGUCUAGCUGCGUACAUGCAUUGCAACAAACGUGUUGAGGUGCAUAACAUAAAUGACUUUUGGAGAAAGCUAAACCUGACACCGUCGACAUGCCUACCUUGUAAAAAACUAUACUGGGGACAAAGUGGCAGAUUUAGUUCGUAUGUGGGUAGCGAUUCACGUUUCGCAGACACACAAAGUUAUUUCGGAGACCAGAAUAACCAAACGCAAGAAGAAACAUAUAGCUUUGUUGAUCAAUUAUUCUCGACACCCAUUACACAGAAUACACAAAAUCCACAGAACAACCCUGAACCGUUUACACACAACUUUUUCCAGAGUGAGUCAACAUCGUUUGACAUGAGUCAUUACUUAGGCCAGCUCCCUAAGUUCUUUCAAAGAUACGUUGUCAAUAUAAAAAAUGUACAGUCUGAUGGUAACUGUGGGUUUCGGGCACUGGCUGUUGCUUUGGGUGAAAACGAGCAAAAAUUCGAGUGGAUUCGUAAACUAAUGCUAGAGGAGUAUGAGUCCAGGCGCAUAUACUAUGAGGGUGCAUUCGCUGGUGACGCUAAACACAUACACACUUUGCUAUCAAUGUCUUGUCCAAAUGGUCUCCCACAAGAUUACUAG